GUCUGUCUUGUUCAAUCAGUAACCCUCCAAAGCAGGCAAUAAAGCAAGCCAAUACCAUUAGGCUUCACCUAGCAUAGUGGAGCAAGCUCUUCGGUACCCCCUUAAAGUAGUUUCGUGACAGAUUGGCAGAAUUUAACAUGUCUAGUUCCCAGUUUGAAUCUUUGGAGAAGACUCUCGGAACAUAUGUCCCAGAGGGCGAGUUGAGUGAAGUUCGCCGGAUUUUAUAUGGUAAAGAGCUCAAGAGUCUGGAGCUCCCGCAGGCUGCCGUGGACUCUGCCUCGGAGCGAGAUUUUGAGUUGAAGGGCUAUGUGUUUGAGGCGGCCCAGGAGCAGCUGAGAGCAGCCAGAGUGGUCCGCGUGGGACUCAUCCAGAACAAGAUCGUCCUCCCCACAGAUGCUCCGGUGCUGGACCAGAUCACUGCUCUGCACAAGCGUGUGGCGGACAUGGUGGAGGUGGCAGCCAUGUGUGGAGUCAACAUCAUCUGCUUCCAGGAGGCCUGGACCAUGCCCUUUGCGUUCUGCACACGUGAGAGGGAACCCUGGACCGAGUUUGCAGAGUCAGCUGAAGAGGGCUACACCACGCGCUUCUGCCAGGAGUUGGCAAAGAAGCACAACAUGGUUGUGGUAUCCCCCAUCUUGGAGCGAGAUGAGAUUCAUGGAGGAACGCUGUGGAAUACUGCUGUUGUGGUGUCAAACUCGGGGAAAGUUCUGGGAAAGACCAGGAAGAAUCACAUUCCCCGUGUAGGAGAUUUCAAUGAGUCCAGCUACUACAUGGAGGGGAACACAGGUCAUCGCGUGUUUCAGACGCAGUUUGGGAAAAUAGCCGUUAACAUCUGCUACGGACGCCACCACCCUCUCAACUGGUUUAUGUACGGCCUGAACGGAGCAGAAAUCAUCUUUAACCCUUCUGCCACGGUCGGGGCGCUCAGUGAGCCUAUGUGGUCAAUUGAAGCAAGGAAUGCAGCCAUUGCCAACCAUUGUUUCACCUGUGCCAUCAACCGAGUAGGCACAGAACAUUUCAAGAAUGAGUUUACCUCCGGUGAUGGAAAAAAAGCCCACCGUGACUUUGGACACUUUUAUGGAUCCAGUUACGUGGCGGCGCCAGAUGGUAGUCGUUCACCGGGUCUCUCCAGAACUCAAGAUGGGCUCCUGGUCACUGAGCUUGACCUGAACCUAAACCGGCAAAUUGCGGAUAAGUGGAACUUCAAGAUGACCGGCCGUUUUGACAUGUAUGCCGAAGAGAUUGCUGAAGCCGUCCAGCAUGAGUUCCAGCCCAACAUCAUAAAAGAGUAGAACACCAUCACUGGAUCAUCCCUGGAGACAUCAACAACCCAGUACACCUAUACCAGUACUACUGCAGACAGUCUUAUCCACCUACACCAGUAAUACUGUAGACAGUCUACUGCACCCUAGUGGUAGAAGUAUGGUGGUGCCAUUAGGUGGGGUCACAGAGGAGGAGUAUUUAGACAUUAACAUCUCAUAUUUUGUCACUGGUGGGUUGGCAGAUGGCCUCCCCAAAGAUGUAAGAUGCAACCUUUCAAAAUAAAUAAAUAAA